ACACCCACACACACAACUGACAGCGACAUGGAUUAGGUGGUCGCUACAAAGUUUCCGAGAGUUUUCUUGACUGUUCACUUACUUCCAUCAAUCUCCUCCCACCACCUUAGAAAGUAUAGGGAAACAGGGAGACGAUGAGGAAGAGAUUUCAUAUAUGAAAGACAGGAUAUCAGAUAUGGGAAAGAAGAAAGCCAAGAAGAGAUCCACCCUGGAGAUCACCGGCGGCGAGGGAUCGACGACACCUCAAGGUACUCCAAGAAAGAGAGGCCGGCCCCGCAAACUAGCAGUAGAGGAUGAGAAAGAAGAAGAGGAGGAGGCAGAAGAAGAAGAAGAUGAUGAUGAUGAUGAUGAUUAUGAUGAUCAAGUGGAAGAACCCAAGAAGAGGGAGAAGAAGCAGAAGAGGGUGGAAAGGGCUGCAGGAGAGGAAGAGGAGCAGAAGGAAGCAGCGGCGGCGAAGGCGGCGGCAUCCUCUGCUGCGGAGAAGAAGGAAGAAGUCACUGCAGGACCGAGCCAGCAACGACACCAGGAGAAGCCCAAGAGAAGAAGGAGGAGGAAGAGUCGACAGCCUCGUAAGAGUGCUUGAAUCCAAUACUUUCAUCACCAUCGUCGUCCUCCAAUUUUGCUUUCUGUUUCCAUAACCUCUGUUUCGUCCGGACAAAUCCAUGCCAUGGAACUCCUCCUCGCUU